UUGCUGCCCCGAGGCGGGGUGUGGCUGUGCCCCGUGCGGGUGGUCCUGCCCCCAGUUCCCCAGGCCAUGUGCUCCGGGAGACGCGCCUCUGGCCCCGCAUCCCUCCCGGUUGUUUCUCUCUCUCUUGCUGCGUUGCACAACUGGAGCUGCCCUGCUGUUGUGCCUGCCGCCUCCCCUGGGCUCCGCAAGCGGCCCGGGCGGACUGAGGCGGUGUACUGCCUUUAAAUCAACAGUUCUUGGAAGUUGGCGAAGUGGAGAGAAUGGCAUCCGAGGACAUUACUAAACUAGCGGAGUCACUUGCCAAAGCCCAAGUGGGUGGAGGGCAGCUGAGUUUCAAAGGCAAGAGCCUAAAACUCAACACCGCCGAAGAUGCUAAAGAGGUGUCUAAGGAAAUUGAAGAAUUUGAUGGCUUGGAAGCCCUGCGCCUGGAAGGCAACACCGUGGGUGUGGAGGCAGCAAAGGUCAUUGCCAAAGCCCUGGAGAAGAAAGCUGAACUCAAGAGGUGUCAUUGGAGUGACAUGUUCACAGGGAGAUUGAGGUCUGAGAUCCCUUUUGCUCUGACUGCCCUGGGGGAGGCCCUUAUCACCGCUGGUUCCCAGCUGGUGGAGCUGGACCUGAGCGACAAUGCCUUUGGGCCAGAUGGUGUGCGUGGCUUUGAGGCACUGCUGAAGAGUCCUGCCUGCUUCACUUUGCAGGAGCUCAAGCUGAACAACUGUGGCAUGGGCAUUGGAGGCGGCAAGAUUUUAGCAGCUGCCCUGAAAGAGUGUCACAGGAAGUCAAGUGCCAUGGGCAAACCUCUGGCUUUGAAAGUAUUUGUGGCUGGCAGGAACCGCCUGGAGAACGAUGGUGCCACCGCACUGGCUGAGGCAUUUGGGCUCAUUGGGACACUGGAAGAGGUCCAUAUGCCACAGAACGGAAUCAACCAUCCUGGCAUUACAGCGCUGGCCCAGGCCUUUGCUGCCAACCCUUUGCUGAGAGUUAUCAAUAUGAAUGACAACACCUUCACAGAGAAGGGGGCUGUGGCGAUGGCAGAGACGCUGAAGACUCUCCGACAGGUAGAAGUGAUCAACUUUGGGGACUGCCUGGUGCGCUCAAAGGGUGCCAUCGCCAUUGCUGAAGCAGUCAAAGAGGGGCUCUCUAAACUAAAGGAACUGAACUUGUCCUUCUGUGAAAUCAAACGAGAUGCUGCCCUGACUAUUGCAGAGGCUACUGAAGAUAAGUCUGAGUUGGAGAAACUGGAUCUCAAUGGUAAUGCUCUGGGGGAAGAAGGCUGUGAACAGCUCCAGGAGAUUCUUGAAGGUUUCAACAUGGCAGAUGUACUGGGUUCCUUGAGUGAUGACGAAGGGGAGGACGAAGAAGAUGAAGAUGAUGAAGGAGAGGAUGAAGAUGACGAAGGGGAGGAUGAAGAGGAGGAACAACAACAGUUGCAGGAGAGGGGGCAGGGAGAACAGGAAUCGUUGCCUUCCAAGAAGAUUCUUGACUCGCAUGACUCUACUCCCAUGUCAUCUCCUCCUCCUGUGGAUGUUGCCACGUUCCUCGCCUUCCCAUCUCCAGAGAAACUGCUGCGACUAGGGCCCAAGUGCUCUGUUCUGAUAGCUCAGCAGACAGACACAUCUGAUACGGAAAAGGUGGUUACGGCUCUUCUGAAGAUCUCUUCUGUGUUCAAAGAUGAAACCACAGUGAAAACAGCAGUGCAUGAAACAACAGAUGCCUUGAUGAGAAAAGCCUUCACUUCUGCCACGUUUAAUUCUGAUGCAUUCGUCACCAGCCUGCUGAUCCACAUGGGCCUGCUCAAGAGUGAAGAGAAGAUCAAGGCUGUCCCAAGCCUCUAUGGCCCUCUGAUGACCCUGAACCAUAUGGUCCAGCAGGAUUAUUUCCCCAAAUCCCUGGCUCCGGUUCUUCUGGCCUUCGUGACAAAACCCAACCGUGCUUUGGAUUCCUGCUCCUUUGCCCGUCACAUGCUGCUGCAAACCCUCCACCAGCUGUAGUAGAAGCGCAACUCUGCCCCUUCCCCCUCAUAGGACUUUUAUCAGCGAGAGCUCUUAGCGGGCUGGCAGGAGAGGAUGUCAGCGCCCAUGAAAACAUGCUGUCUGUCUCACAGGGAUGUCCAUCUUUCCUUCUGCUUUAACAAACUUGGAGGAAUCCUGCUGAUUUUUUUUACUUUGUUUUUCCAUGUUUUUAAUUGAAGGCCCCACUUCCAAAGCACACGCCCUGGGCUCCAGCACAGGCAGUUGUGCCAGAACUAGUCGUCCUGGGGCUCUCCGUGACUUGGAAAGAGGGCCCCAUUAAACUCAACGCUGCUGGAAGGGGUUGUGCCCAAGCUACCGUCUUGCAGCGGGUGCUGGACGUGGGCUUUCUCUGAAGCAGCGGCAGCUGAACCAAGCAGGGUUUUUGCACGGUGCUGUGGCUUCCAUCUCAUGCUGCCCUGGGCCAUGCACCUGGACAUUGCAGCAGUGGUGUUGCUUCUCCAGGAAUAUCGGAUUGCCCAGCUGCCUCCUGCUGCUCCAGGCUUGGGAUGGGGAGAUGUUCCCCCCCCUGCUCUUGUAUUCCUAAUCUAAAUGGGAGGGGCCUAUUGGUGUUUUAAUCUGCUAAUCCCCUGCUAUGCUAGAGUGGAGCUCCCUCGGGUAGGGCUGGCCCUGGUGGCCUUUGCCUGUUCAUUGUGCUACUGCCACAGCCUGCAUUCUCCCACCCCCACUCCCCCAUUAAAAUAGGCUUGGUUUAGAAAUGAGUAGAAUCAAUUGAAUCCUGCAGGGGGUCCCCCUAGGGGAGCAGUAAAGAAAGAAGGGGAAUAGCAUGUGGGGGCUGGAAUACUUUGCUGGCAGAGCAUCUCAGGGUUGAACACUGCAAACUUAGCAGCUUCAGUGCCAGGAAUUAGCUGAGAGUCUCUAAGCAUGUUAAAAUAGGGGUGAGGACUCUGCACCCACAAAUGCCCCUGCCAGUCUGAAUUUUUCCUGCCGAUUGUCACAGCGCCUGACCCUACGUACACGCAUUGAAGUCUGGGGGAAGGGCAUGGAUGGGUUCCUGGUUCGUGGGAGGGUAGUAAAGGACAGGUAAUUUCCUAGUUUAAGGUGCCCCUCAGCUCAUUCUCCAACCUUCUUCCCUGUUCCUCAGCUACCUUAUUACUCACAGUAGUGAAGUUCUGGGAGUUUUGCCAGAAAUCUUGGCCGUGGAAAGGGGGUCAAGGAGCCCCUCCACUUCUAGCACAGCUGCUAAGGUCCCAGCUUGGCCUUAAAAACACUGUUGCCUCUGAAGGGGAAGCAGCUGUAACUUGAUUGCUGAUGAGCAGCACAUUCUGCCCAGGGCAGAGGCUGAAUGUAGGGUGUAGGAAAGCCCAGUGUUUGCACAUGCAAUCUUAGGGGGAGGGGCAGGGACUCCAUCCUUUCUGCCCUGCACAGGCUUCAUGAGGGCAAAGGGCUCACUCUUACCCCAGCUAACUCUUGCUGGCUGUCUCUGCCAUACUGCUGCAUGGGGUGGGGCCGUGAUUGGAGCAGCCCUAGUCCAGUGAGCUGGUGUGUAGUAGUAACAUCUCACCCCUGGCUGGUGUGUGCUCGUACCUUGCUCCAGUUCAUGUUUAUAGUACAGCUUGAGGUGCCCCCUGCACCUAGGGGUGAGUGAGCUCUCUUCCUGGGCCAGUUCCUGCAGGUGCCAACGUCCUGUGCCAUCUGCACAAGGCAGAGCCCACGCUCUUGGGUGAAAUGCUGCCUGCUGCUGUUGCAAAGGGUGGUUCGUUUCCAGGCACUGCCAAACACACACUUUCAGCUGGGGCCUCGAGCAGCAUGGUGGAGUCAGCAACACCUUGUGGGAACCACAGGACAGAUGGCUGCGGGAUGCUGCAGAUGGGAUGCAAGCUGGCCGUUGCUAGGUGCUUUAGGGAAAGGUUAGUCAGAGCCCUGGGUGGAGGAAGCACUGCAGUGGUGGACUGUUGCUGGUAGCCCCUGGCACGCUGGGCCUACUCUGACCGUGAGGAGAACUAAACCUGGAGAGUAACUGGGCUGUGAUGCACCUCUGCCAGCAGGCUGGUAAGCAAGGGUGUGGGGCACGCCCAAGCAACCUGAACCACGCAGCGGGUGUGUGGCUUUCCUGAGGCCUCUCGCCGCACCCACUUUCUGUGUUGAAGUCUCUGCACGCUGUAGUCCUGUUCAAGACAGCCACUGGGGCAAAGGUGGGUGUGGGUGUGUCUGUGGGAGACUUUCUAGACCCUUGUUGUGGGUUAAGGUUUCUCAGGUGGCAGUGCCUGGCAUGUCUUCACCACCCAGGUGUGGUUCUGGGCUUCCUGUAAUAUCUCUGCCCCUGCCCUCAAGGCACUUAAUGCCAGGAAGAAAGUGCAAUUUCUGAACUCUUCCUGGUAGUGAAGCCAGCGUUUCUUGUACCAGCUCCAUGGGGGGAGGGAGGAGAAGCAGCUGAAUGUAUGUAAAAUGGGCCUAUAGGUCCAUGUACAGACUAUAAAAAAAAUAGUACAACCUGGACUAGUGCCUGCAAACUAAACCCCACCCAGCGUA